AUGCUGAAGAAUGUGAACAGUAACAUGUGGAUCCAAAAUAUCCGUCUCAGUCUUAUGACGCUUGUGUUCGCCACCUUCACAAUGUGGACGUCGGACGGCCAGAAGAUAAUGGAAAAGGGGAUUUUUCAAGGAUGGACGAGUUUGGUUUGGACCAUGACCAUCGCAGCUGCUACAAGUGGGAUUGUGGUUUCAGCAGUCAUGAAGUACGCAGACAAUGUGAAAAAGACUUACUGUCAAACCUUGGCCAUAGGUCUAACGGCGGUCACCUCAAUUGGUCUUGGAGAACGAAAUUUCAGCUGGUCGCUUACGGCGGGAGUAAUUUUGGUGGUGACCUCCAUAGCCAUCUAUGCCUUUUAUCCGCCAUCCCCUCGGCCGCUGAUGACCUUAUCCGACUCGAAAGGGCAAAAUGCUGAUCUUGUUUAG